AUGAAGAUGUUUACAAUAUACAACCUGUACGAAAUUACAGGGCACGGAGCUAGUGGUGCAAUGGAUAACGCGUCUGACUACGGACCAGAAGAUUCUAGUUAUAUUAAAAUACACAUGAGAAUACAUACUGGAGAGAAACCUUUUACUUGCUCUGUUUGUAAGAAGAGUUUUUCCAUUAAGCCUGCCAUGACCAGACACAUGAGAACACACACUGGAGAGAAACCUUUUACUUGCUCUGUUUGUAAGAAGAAUUUCUCCAGAAAGUCUAACAUGUCCUCACACAUGAGAACACAUACUGGAGAGAAACCUUUGACUUGCUCUGUUUGUAAGAAGCGUUUCUCCACAACGCAACAUAUGAUCACACACAUUAGAACACAUACUGGAGAGAAACCUUUUACUUGCUCUGUUUGUAAGAAGUGUUUCUCCAGAAAGCCUGACAUCUCCAUACACAUGAGAACACACACUGGAGAGAAACCUUUUACUUGUUCUGUUUGUAAGAAGAGUUUCUCCACAAAGUCUAACAUGUCCUCACACAUGAAAACACAUACUGGAGAGAAACCUUCGACUUGCUCUGUUUGUAAGAAGACUUUCUCCACAAAGCCUAACAUGUCCGCACACAUGAGAACACAUACUGGAGAGAAACCUUUUACUUGCUCUGUUUGUAAGAAGUGUUUCUCCAGAAAGCCUGACAUCUCCAUACACAUGAGAACACACACUGGAGAGAAACCUUUUACUUGUUCUGUUUGUAAGAAGAGUUUCUCCACAAAGCCUAAGAUGCCCGCACACAUGAGA